AUGGUUAGGGGUGGACCAGGGCUUAUGGAUGCUGGAACUCGGGAUGCUCUUGAAGCAGGAAAGUCGGUUGGUGGGUUCAAUAUUGCUCAAGAAGCACGUGAAUGGACAUCAACCAUUUUUCAUAUGUAUCUUCCUUCUCAUGCUUACCUUACAUGCAGAAAGCAUGGGUUGAUGGAUGCAGUCGUUAGAAGUAGUAAAGGGGAUAAGACGGUUGUAAUUGUGUUACUAUGUUCUAUAGGAGAGUGUCUUUGCCCUUCUUGUGGACAUACGAUCCAAUCAAGGCUAAGGUUUAGCAGUGAUCAGGGGAUGAUUCCAGAUUUGCCUGGAUUACCAGUCAAAGUGAAGCUUGACCCUAAAGAUCAAGAAGUUGUUGAGCAUUUGAAGGCUAAGAUCAAUACAGAUCUCGAUCACAAUUCACAUUGCUUCUGUUUGCAAAUUCUCCCAACCCCACAAAUCUCGAUCAUUGAAGAAUCUGAUGACAUUGAGGAACUUAUAGCAUUAGACGAAGCAGAAGAAGAAAGCGGCGGUGGAACCCAUCACCCUAAACCGUCAUCUGAGGCGGAGGUGUUGACUAAGGCCCAACGAAUAGUUCUUGAACUCAACAAUGAUAAUACUCAAAGGGCUAUUGAUGGAAAUGAGUACGUUUUGGUUCUGGGUUAUGCUCCAUGGUGUGUAAGAAGUGCUGAACUCAUGCCUAGGUUUGCGGAAGCUGCUAGUUCUUUAAAUGAAUUAAAGAGCCCUGUUUUAAUGGCGAAAAUUGAUGCUGAGAGGUACCCGAAAGUAGCUUCGAAUCUUGAGAUCAAAGGGUAUCCGACUUUGCUUCUCUUCGUCAAUGGCACUUCUCAACCUUACACCGGUGGAUUUUCCACGGAAGAAAUUGUGAUCUGGGUUAGGAAGAAGACGGGUACGCCCAUUAUCAGAAUCAACUCUAUCGAUGAAGCAAACGAAUUUGUUAAGAAACAUUCCAUAUUUGCAGUUGCUUUAUUCGCUAAAUUCGAGGGAUCAGAUCAUGAUGAAUUCGUAAAAGCGUCAACUACUGAUAACGAUAUCCAAUUUGUCGAGACAAAUAGCCACCAAAUUGCCAAUAUUUUAUAUCCAGAUCUUAAAUCUGAUAAUCUGUUUCUCGGAAUUGUUAAAAGUGAACCAGAAAGAUACACUUCAUAUGAAGGUGAUUUCGAGAAAGACAAGAUUCUGCAAUUUGUGAAUGAUAAUAAGUUCCCAUUGGUCACAUUUUUAUCAGAAUUGAAUUCUGUCAAAGUUUACUCCAGCGAUAAACUACAGGUUUAUGUCUUUGCAGAAGCUGAUGAAUUCAAGAAAUUACUAGAGCCAUUUCAAGAUGCUGCAAGGAAGUUCAAAUCAAAGAUAAUGUUUGUGUUUGUAGACAUCAAAGAUGAGAAUCUUGCAAAACCUUUCUUAACUUUAUUUGGGCUUGAAGAUUCAGAAGACACUCUUGUAACGGCUUUUGAUUACAAAACUGGUGCCAAGUAUUUGUUAGAGUCGGAUCCAACACCCGCAAAAAUAGAAGAGUUUUGCUCAGGGCUUUUUAAGGGUAUUCUGCCUCCUUUCUACAAGUCUCAAGCAAUACCAGAUAAUAAAGAUGCAGACAUUCUUACAGUUGUUGGAAAGACAUUUGAAGACUUGGUUUUAAGCAGCUCCAAAAACAUCAUUCUUGAGAUACACACACCAUGGUGUUUGACAUGUGAAACUACAAGCAAACAAGUGGAGAAACUGGCAAAACACUUUAAGGGAUUGGAGAAUCUUGUUUUUGCAAAGAUAGAUGCCUCUGUAAAUGAACACCCAAGAUUGCAAAUGGAUGAUUAUCCAACACUGUUGUUCUACCCAGGGGCAAAUAAGUCAAAACCCAUGAAGCUGCCUACAAAGUCUAGUGUGAAAGAUUUGGCGAUUUUGAUUAACAAAUAUCUAAAAGAAGAGGCAAGUGAUGAGCAUCAUGUGGUGAAAGAUGAGCUUUAGAAUAUGAUUAGGAUGAGAUUGUAGAGUGUUUGAAGGGUAAAAAGGUGAAUUCCUGAAAACCCCGGAAAUUGGGGGAGGGAGGAUUUGGUGAAAUUAUCGGAUAUUGAUAGCCAUACAUGUAUAAUUUUUAUUAUAAAUUGGUUUUUAUAUUAACAACACGUACUUUGUUGAGUAUUUUUUUUCAUAAUGCUUUAGGAUUUUGUAUGCUAAUGAAAUAUAAAUCCGUAC